AUGUUGUCUGCCUCUUUUUUUUUCCUCUCUCUCUCUUUUUCUUUUUUUUUUUAUGGUGACACAUUUCGAUUUCUCUUACAUGGUAGCGUUUUGGCGACGCGGAAAAUGAGUGAGCCAAUUACAGCUACGGAUGACAUGGGCAAAUCGUUACGCUUGGCCCGGCGCUACGCAAUGGAGUCUAACUACGAAGUUGCAGUAGCUUUUUACACGGGGCUUGACAAGGACCUCGAGGCAUUCGCGCAGUGCUCCGGAAAUGCCCCGGGGCGGGCCAGAUGGGUAUUACUGCGGGAAAAGGUUGCAGAGGAGUGUUCACUGGUGCGCUCCUUACAAGAAGAACUGAAGGCGCUUGUGAAUCCAGCAGAUGCGGCGCGGCUUGAACGAGUACAAAGGGAGGCUGACAGCACUCAAUUGUCACAAAAGGCAUCGUCUUCAGGCGCACUUUCGGCACGUGAUGUUACCCCUGUGCGUGUGACAGUCGCACAACCUGCUUGCCCCCCCGCAACGCGUGAAGGAGUGAAAUUUCUUUCUUCCCUCCCUCCGACGAUACCGCAGUCGUCAUUGGAUGGCCCUGGGGUAAGGAAUGAAUUGCUAUAUGGCGACAAGGAUCGCUUUGGCCCGGUUGAGGGGCCGACUGUGAGACAACAAAGAUUCAACGGUGGACAACGGGCACCUAUGCGCCAUAAUUUAUCGAAUGUGGCCUCUCGAACCAAGUCCGCAGGCAGCACGUCCAAUCCAUCCUCUCCUCAUCGCUUAACGGCCAGAGCGAGGGUGGCUACACGGCGCACCGGUAGACCAAAUGGGUGUGAGCGGAAGCCUCAGGGGCAACAGGUCUCAAUUCCACGCUUUCCUGCGCGUGCCGGGGAGGAGGAAUUGGUUUCUCUUAUUGAAUCGGAUAUGAAUGCUGGACCCAUGAAGGUGUCGUGGGACGAUAUAGCUGGCUUAGAGGAAGCGAAGGGUCUGCUAGAGGAGG